CUCGUGUAUUGCAAUCUCCUUUCCCUUCAUUUUUUUCUUGCAAAAAUAUCUCCAGCCCCCAUUACCCUAUCUUCUUCUUCUCCUUCUUCGAGGUGAAAUGGCCUCCAUACACACUGCCCCGUCUCUGGACGUCACCUCCUCGGCCGCCACUAGAAGGAGAAUAACACCCACAGCACCAACUUCCCGCUCCUUAUCCUUGCCCUUCACUUUUAAGUCUCAGUUCAACGCCCUCGUAGUUGGUGGAACCCCGUUGCUUGGCUGCUUCAACCACCACUCUUUUGCUUCUCGCGCUGUCGCCACUCCCAAUUCUGUUCUCAGCGAACAAGCCUUCGAGGGUCUUUCUCUUCAUCAAGAAGACGACGUUUAUGAUUCCGAGGCUGAGUCGUCCAUGAACGGCGAUGAACUUGACCUUUCCAAGCUGGGUUUGCCUCAACGAUUGGUCGAUACUCUUCUCAAACGUGGCAUCACUCACCUUUUCCCUAUUCAGAGAGCUGUCUUGGUACCGGCACUUGAAGGUCGAGACAUCAUUGCUCGUGCAAAGACUGGAACUGGCAAGACAUUAGCCUUUGGCAUCCCCAUAAUUAAAUGCCUUACUGAAGAUGAUGCUGAACGUACAAGGAGAAUGUCUGGUCGGCUUCCAAGAGUUUUGGUCCUGGCUCCUACUCGGGAGUUAGCUAAGCAAGUGGAGCAAGAAAUUAAAGAGUCGGCGUCUUAUUUGAACACAGUUUGUGUUUAUGGAGGGGUUUCUUAUACUAUACAGCGAAGUGCUCUUUCCCGCGGGGUUGAUGUAGUGGUUGGGACUCCUGGUCGAAUCAUUGAUCUUAUUGAAAGUAACGACCUCAAAUUGGGGGAAGUUGAAUACCUGGUCCUUGAUGAAGCUGAUCAGAUGCUUGCUGUCGGGUUUGAGGAGGAUGUUGAAGAAAUUCUAGAAAAUCUCCCAUCAAAGAGGCAGAGCAUGCUUUUCUCCGCAACCAUGCCUUCUUGGGUUAAAAAAUUGGCAAGAAAAUACUUGGAUAAUCCUCUGAAUAUUGACUUGGUUGGAGAUCAAGAUGAAAAGCUUGCCGAAGGGAUCAAACUUUAUGCAAUAUCAACCACUGCAACUUCGAAGCGGACCAUUCUUAGUGAUCUCAUAACAGUUUAUGCGAAGGGAGGGAAAACCAUUGUUUUUACACAAACAAAACGGGAUGCCGAUGAGGUGUCAAUGGCUUUAACAAGUAGCAUAGCUUCUGAGGCAUUGCAUGGGGAUAUAUCUCAACAUCAGAGAGAGAGAACGUUGAAUGGGUUUCGCCAAGGAAAAUUUACUGUGCUUGUUGCCACUGAUGUUGCGGCUCGUGGACUUGAUAUCCCAAAUGUUGAUCUGAUUAUCCACUAUGAGCUUCCCAAUGACGCGGAAACUUUUGUGCAUCGCUCUGGACGAACUGGACGUGCUGGGAAGGAAGGUUCUGCAAUUUUAAUGUAUACUAACAGCCAAAGGAGAACUGUCAAAUCUCUCGAGCGUGAUGUGGGAUGUAGGUUUGAGUUCAUUAGUCCUCCAUCAAUGGAAGAAGUUUUAGAGUCAUCAGCUGAGCAAAUUAUCGCUACUCUAAAUGGAGUUCAUCCCGAGUCUAUAAAGUUCUUUACCCCGACUGCUGAAAGGAUAAAUAAAGAACAAGGGACAAGUGCUCUUGCUGCUGCGAUAGCACACCUAAGUGGAUUUUCCCGUCCUCCUUCGUCCCGAUCUCUUAUUAACCAUGAACAGGGAUUUGUAACACUGCAAUUGAUAAGAGAUGAAACUUAUUCCAGAAGGUUCCUUACUGCUAGGUCUGUCACCGGGUUUCUUUCCGAUGUGUACUCUGCGGCUGCUGAUGAAGUUGGGAAAAUACAUCUGAUUGCCGAUGAGAGGGUUCAAGGAGCAGUAUUUGAUCUCCCUGAGGAGAUUGCGAAAGAAUUGCUGAGUAAGGAAAUACCGCCUGGAAACACCAUCUCGAAGAUCACUAAGUUGCCUCCUUUGCAAGAUGAUGGCCCUUCAAGUGAUUUUUACGGGAAAUUCUCCAGCAGGGAUCGUGAUCGUUUUUCACAAGGCGGUUCUAGGGAACGGAGAGGUUCGAGGACCUCCAGGGGUUGGGGUAAUGGCCGAGAUUCCGACAAUGAGUUCCAAGGCGGAAGAAGCAGCUGGUCACGGGCUUCGAGAAGCAGUAUGGAUGACUGGCUAAUUGGUAGUAGCAGAUCAAAGAGGUCACCCUCCCACGACAGAAACUUCGGAGGUUCAUGUUUCAACUGUGGGCGACCCGGGCAUAGGGCGUCCGACUGUCCCGGAAAGUCGGACUUUUAGCGUGUUGGUUUGAUACCGAAUUUCACCAUCUUGGAACAAAUCUGGCUGUAGUUGGGGGCGCUCGGUUUUUGACAGAUAUUGGCAUUCAGUUGAAGAUCUCGACGAUGAAGACGCCAUUGGUGCCCGGCGAGGGAGCUCUACUGAUGUUGUAGUUAGUUUUUGUUGGUAAUUCAGUCAUUUGCUCUAUUAGUCUCUUUCUCGCUCGCUAUUUUGGUACCUAAAAUGUGCGGUCAAAAUGGCCUAAAGGUUCCAUGCAAAUAUUUUGAACUCAAUAUGUAGUUUUCUCUCUUCCAAAUGGCAUACCAAAAUCAUAAUCCA